CGAGAAUAAACAAGAAGAGCAAGCAGAAGCAGAGAGAGAGAGAGAGAGAAGAGAGGAGAGAGAAAGUAUGGCGAUAGGGGUGAAGCCAAUUCCUUUAACGAUUGUGGCGCAAGUGCUGGCUAUAGCGGGUGCUAUUAUGGUGUUGGUUUGGUGCAUAGCGUUCAGGGGUGGUUUAGCUUGGGAAUCUUCAAACAAAAGCCUCAUCUUCAAUCUUCACCCUGUUCUUAUGUUAAUUGGCUUUAUUAUUAUUGGAGGUGAAGCCAUUAUGACUUACAAAACUCUUCCUCUAAGGAGAGACGUGAAGAAGCUAAUACAUCUAGUUCUGCAUGCUAUCGCUCUGAUUCUCGGUAUAAUUGGUGUUUAUUUGGCAUUCAAAUAUCAUAAUGAGAGCAGCAUUGCCAAUCUGUACAGUUUACAUUCCUGGCUCGGGAUUGGAAUUAUCGUUCUCUAUGGCAUUCAGUGGAUCUACGGAUUCCUGGUGUUCUUCUACCCUGGAGGACCAACUGCAAUAAGAAAUGCGUCAGCUCCUUGGCAUGUUAUAUUCGGGUUGUUUGUGUAUAUUCUAGCUGUUGCCAAUGCCACGCUAGGGUUUCUGGAGAAGCUUACGUUCCUUGAGACGUCCGGCGUUGCUAAGUAUGGCUCUGAGGCCUUCCUUGUGAACUUCACUGCCCUUAUUACAAUACUGUAUGGAGGCUUUGUGGUGUUAACAGUCUUUUCUCAAGCUCCUCCAGAUGAAGACGACUACAGCUAUUCAGCUAUAUGAGAUAUUAUUGAUAUCAAUGGUCACCUAUGAAAAUACUAAUAUCUAUUGUUUGUAUGAACAUAUCUCUGGUUGUGGUUAAUUGUUAAUGAUGUAAUUGGAGUGUAAUGAGGUAUCAUUGUUAGUAUGUGAAACCUUCACAUGUGAAUGUUUUGUCCACUUGGUCACUGACGUUCGUGUGUCCCAAUCGCAUUUUUAUCUUUGUGUUUGUGGUGGAA